AUGCUCUGGAGUCCUGGUCACCGUCGGAUACAAGGGAACGCCCAGAUGCGCAGUGACGGUGGAGUAAAGUCAUCCGGAACGACUGCAGCCCUACCUUUCGCCGCCGCCGCACCAUCGCCCGAAACCCCAGCCCCCUUCGGCGCCACCGCUCGAAUCCCAGCCCCCUUCGGCGCCACCGCGACCGUCGGAGUGGAGGCCAUGGACGACGUGUGCGAGGGGAAGGACUUCUCCUUCCCGCAGCAGGAGGAGCGGGUGCUCGAGCUGUGGGCGAAGCUCGACGCCUUCCACGAGCAGCUCCGGCGCACGGAAAGCGGUGAGGAGUUCAUCUUCUACGACGGCCCCCCCUUCGCCACGGGCCUGCCCCACUACGGCCACAUACUCGCCGGCACCAUCAAGGACGUGGUCACCCGGCACCAGUCGAUGCGGGGCCGCCACGUCUCGCGACGCUUCGGGUGGGACUGUCACGGCCUCCCCGUCGAGUUUGAGAUCGACAAGGCGCUCGGCAUCACCAACCGGCAGCAGGUGUUCGACCUCGGCAUCGGCAAGUACAACGAGACGUGCCGCAGCAUCGUCACCAAGUACGUCUCCGAGUGGGAGGCCAUGGUCACACGCACGGGGAGGUGGAUUGACUUCAAGAACGACUACAAGACCAUGGACAUCAACUUCAUGGAGAGCGUCUGGUGGGUGUUUGCGCAGCUCUGGGAGAAGGACCUCGUCUAUAAGGGCUUCAAGGUCGCAUCUCUAAUCUCACUCAUAGCUAUUUUUCGAGUCUGUUGA